AAUUCACGAGAAUAUGUCUUCCUGGGAGGAAAUACAAGCCGUGAAGGUGAAGCGUAAUAGUUUGCGCGAGAAAUUAGAAAAACGGAAAAAAGAAAGACAAGAUUUACUUGGAAGCAAUAGUUCAAGCGGUUCGGGAGCCGUUGUUGGAGUAAUUAAAAUCGAAUCGAGCAAUAGCUUGACGGAGGAUAAGGGUAAACUUCUUCUGACUACUAUCAAGCAGGAUCAAACUGGAAGUGCGGACAUCGACGCAGAAGUGGAGAAAUAUCUGGUGCAAGUUCUGGCCGAUCAAAGUUUAAUACUGCCGACAAACUCCGCUCAGAUUGCGGAACGUGUGGAAAAACACGUACAGAAAACUAUAAUGCGGGAUUCCGUUGCGUACUACCUUCAUAAGCUGGCUGGACAAAAACUAAUCAACAUUAAGGAAGUCAGUAUUGGAGGAAGUGUGGGUUAUGAAGUGAUUUCAGCUGAACAUAUAAAUUUACAAGCGCUGUAUGACGAAAUGGCUAUGAAUCAUGUUCCAGUUGUGCCUGUUAAUGCAACAAAGAGAAAAGCGGAAUGUACGAUAGAAGAUAAAACCGGUGGAGGUGGCAAAGCGGCUCGGGCUAAUGUAACUAGUAUAAAGGACGAAGGAAGAAAAGGUAACGCUGUAGAUGCAUCGCUUUCUUGUCAGGCGUCUGACAUUAUGUCUCUGCUGUCCUUACCUUCCACAAGGGAAAAACAAAGCAAAAAAGUAGGUGAAGAAAUUUUAGAACUGCUGUCUAAGCCUACGGCCAAAGAACGUUCUUUAGCUGAAAAGUUUAAGUCGCAGGGGGGUGCACAAGUGAUGGAGUUUUGCCCUCAUGGAACACGUAUCGAAUGUAUGCGAUCAUCGGAGGCCGCUCCUGAAACAAGGGAAGGGAAUGAUAAAAAGGCUAGCAUUAAUAUAAACAAUGAAGAGAAAAGCGAAUGCAAAAACGAAUAUGACGUUAUUAUCGCUAAGGAUGAUGAGCCCUGCCAAGCUGAUUCAUCUGUAGCAAACGAAAUGAAACAUGAAGUAAUUUCAUCGAACACAGCAACUAGUGAAGCAAUUACGGAAAUCCAAGUCAAAAAGACAAAAUAUCAGUGCAAUAAGCUACAUUUUAAAAAAAUUAUUCAGACCCACACUGAUGAAACAUUGGGGGAUUGCAGUUUUCUGAACACUUGCUUUCAUAUGGAUACAUGUAAAUAUGUUCACUACGAGGUUGAUACUUAUGUGGGUCAAACUCAGAAUACUAUUCCAGCCAAACUUGAACCAGCUGACGAACGCGUUGCUGGACAAAAACGACAUACUACUGAUGCUUGUGCUACAUUAUAUCCACCUCAAUGGAUCCAAUGUGACUUGCGGUUUCUCGAUAUGACGGUAUUGGGUAAAUUUGCUGUAGUAAUGGCUGAUCCUCCGUGGGAUAUCCACAUGGAGUUGCCUUACGGUACGAUGUCAGAUGAUGAAAUGCGACAGCUAGGGGUUCCGGCGCUACAGGAUGAUGGAUUAAUUUUUCUUUGGGUCACUGGACGCGCAAUGGAGUUGGGACGUGAAUGUUUAAAGCUAUGGGGCUAUGAACGUGUGGACGAAUUAAUAUGGGUUAAAACUAAUCAAUUGCAACGCAUAAUACGAACAGGACGUACCGGUCAUUGGCUAAAUCACGGUAAAGAACAUUGCUUGGUGGGUAUGAAAGGUAAUCCUCCAAAUUUGAAUCGCGGACUUGACUGCGAUGUAAUUGUAGCGGAGGUAAGGGCCACAAGCCACAAGCCAGAUGAAAUUUACGGGAUCAUUGAACGGCUGAGCCCUGGCACACGAAAGAUAGAGCUAUUUGGUCGACCGCACAAUGUACAACCCAAUUGGAUUACCCUUGGCAACCAGUUGGAUGGAAUACGUUUAGUGGAUCCUGAAUUGAUAAAUUCGUUUCAGAAACGAUAUCCCGAUGGUAACUGUAUGACUCCCGGAAAAAAUCCCUGAUUAUGAACU